AUGCAUUUUGAAUCCACAACUGUUAAUGAAUUAAUUGGUCUUCUCUUACAAGAAGAAGCACGCCAAGAGGCCGAUCUUGCACCCCAAGUUGUUACCCUAAUCACCACUAACCCAUCGGUUACUCCUUCAACCCCCUUUCCAGUUGCAAAUCAACUGGGACACGAAGGUAUCAACUAUUGGCAAAGGGAAAACCAGACUGAAUAUCCAUCUCGCAGGCUUGUUCCUCGUGACUCACAGCGCCAGGCUGGACCAACAUCACCAAGACUAUUUUCCAUUCUGGACCCAAACUGUUACUUUGAAACAGGUGCUACUGAUCACGUGACACCUGAUAUCAGAAAACUAUACCUACAGGAACCCUAUACGGGUGAAGACAAACUUCAAGUCGGGAAGACAUUUCAGGGCAAGCCACUCAUCCACGACCACUUUGACAAUGGACUGUAUCGCUUGUCUCCUCCCUCUAAUAAAAUGUCUUCAACAAUGGCCCUCUCAGGUGUGCACACCUCCUAAACUGGAUAGCAUAAUCGUCUCGCACAUCCACAUGAGGCCAUCCUCAGACGCCUAGUUUCUACAUUUCAACUUCCGACUCAAACAAAUAAUUUACCUCAAAUCUGUAAACCAUGCCAAUUAGACAAAAGUAACAAACUUCCCUAUUCUUCUUCACAUAUUACAUUUGAGUUAAUGUAUUUUGAUGUUUGGGGGCCCUCCACUCUUUUUUCAAUAAAUGACAGUCGA